AUGGCGGCGCACAGCGAGGAGCACAGCGCGGGUGGUCUCAACUAGCGUGCUCGGCUUCAUAAGCCGAAUUAUUUAAUAAUUAACCCCUGUAUGUGCCAACAUCACGUUUAUAAGUGCAUACUAGUGUUACUUAAAGAACAUGAGUAGCCAGCACGGUAACGUAAAGAGGACCCGUCCCCAGAAACAUCAAAAUUCGACAGCAUUCAAGAACACGCUCCAUGACAAGAGCUUGCAAACGAAGAAAAUGAUCAGCCUCAAGAUCACCAACGUCUGUGUGAGGUGUAAAGAGAAGAUAGAAUGGAAGAUAAAAUACAAGAAAUACAAGCCCCUCACGGUGCCUCGCAAAUGCGUAAAAUGCGAGGGAAAAACGGUGAAGUCGGCUUACCACAUCAUAUGCGACGACUGCUCGAUCAGUCGAAAAGUCUGUGCAAAGUGUGGAACUUCGGAGAACUUGGUACAGGACUCCGAGGAAACUGAAAAGCUAGAAGAAACUGAGAAGUUAGGGGAAACUGAUAAGUUGGAAGAAACCGACAGUGAUUGAGCAUUGGUGGCUAUUGACUUCCGGCGCUGCUUGCUGUUCAGAUCUCGGUGCAUCGCUGGAGACUAUGAGGAGGACCGGCGUGCCCUCCGUGACUUUUCACUCCGUGACUUUUCACUCCGUGACCGCCAAGUGGACUCGAAGGCGGAACGCUCUCGAUUGGUUCUCCGCCUCUUCCUCCGACGGACUUCGGCUUCCGAUGUUGACCUUGUAGAGUCCGGCCUUCUUGAUGGAUUCUGCGAGCUGCAGCGUCACUCCGCCAUCGCUGCGGGAGAUUAAAGAACUGUCGGUGCGCGUUCCGAAGUGAACGUUGCGCGUCGUCGUCGUCGCUUUACGGUGGUUGCAAUAAACUCGCCAUGGGAGGUACCUCG